AUGAGAUUAAUUACAUUUCCAGGACAAGGUACCCCUAUUGCCAUAUCUGUUUUGAAAAAUGUAAUCAAAUAUAAAUCUAAAGAGUUCCAACAAAUUUUAGAUAAAAACGAUCAUUCAAAAUAUUUAUUAGAAUAUAUCUUUAAUAAUCCGACGAAUCCAGGUAGUAUAGCUGUUUGUUCCAAUUUGUAUUAUCAAUUGUAUGAAAAGGAUAGAGAAAAUAACAAAUUACCGAGUUUAAUUACAGAAGAUAGAAAUAAAGAUGUGCUAUUAUUAGGUCAUUCUUUAGGUGAAUUGACUUGUUUGAGUUUAAAUAAUUUAUUUUCAUUGAAGGAUUUAUUUGAUAUUGCAAAUUAUAGAAAUAAAUUAAUGAUAGAAAAAACUGAAAAUUAUUUGAUCGCUCAUAAAUUGAAUUACUCAACCAAAUUUGAAAUGUGGGCAUUAUCAUCUGCUAGUGCAGUCAACUUACCUUCUGAAGUUUUACAAUUAUUAUCAAGAAAACAUUCUAUAAAUUCACCAUAUAAAUCAGUGGCAAUCGCUAAUACAAACUCGGUGAAGCAAUGUGUCGUGACUGGUUUGAUUGAAGAUUUGGAAUCACUAAGAGCAGAUUUACAUUUGAAUAUUCCUAGAUUGAGAAUUACUGAAUUAACUAAUCCUGACAAUUUAGCAUUCCAUAACAAAAAUGUUCUAAGACCAAUUCAAGAACCAUUAUAUGAUUUCAUAUGGUCCAUUUUAAAACAUAAUAAUACUCAUACACGUACACAAUUGGAUUAUCCCAUAUUAUCGAAUUACGAUGCCAGAAUUUCGAUAUAUAUCCAUCAUGCUAUUGAAAGGUUUGUUAAAUCUAGUUCGAAUACCGUUCAAUUUACUAAGUGUUAUGAUACAAUAAACUCAUUAAUAAAUGAGACUAAUCUGCAUAAAGAUGAUGAUACUGCACAACUAAAAGAAAAUACGUUGUUACCUGACCAUUUAGCAAUCUGUAUGGGUCCAGGUAAUGUUAUUUACAAUUUAAUAAAAAGAAACUGUGAACAAAUUGUGCCAUAUCAGUAUAAUUCUACUGAAACAAUAUCGGCAUUAAAUAUCGUCCAAGCUAAAGUUGCAGAGGAGCAACCUAAGAACAAAUAG